UUUUCAAUUAUAUGCAAUACGACUUUUACUUGAACAAAAAUGGACUGUUGAUGAUACAAUAAAAAGUUUUCGUCAUAUAUUUACUACAGGUAUAUUACGUUCAAAUCCAUUAUCGAAAUAUUUUCCAAAAAUUAGUAUGUGUGAUUUUCGUAUUAUUGAACCAAAUAGUGAUGAUGGACAUAAAUAUACAGUACAAUGUGUAUUAACAAUAAAUGUAUAUAACGAACAAAUUUUUACUGUAUUAUAUGUUUGGAUGAAUAUUGUUCUUGCUAUAACUAUUUAUGAUUUUCUAUCUUGGUUAAUGUUUUUAUUAUUUCCACGUCUUCGUUAUUCAUUUUUUGUACAACAUACACGUACACAACAAGGUGUAACAUCAAUACGUACUAAUAUGCAUUCAUUUGUUUACGAUUAUUUGCAACAAGAUGGAUUUUUUAUUCUACGUCUUAUACAUUCAAAUGUUGGUGAUGAUAUUACAUCAAAUAUUUUAACGAGUUUAUGGAGAAACUAUCAAUCUCCAGAAAAAAUUCCAUCAAUAGAAAAUUCAAUUGGUGCUACAGUUUCAUUAACAGCAACUGGUAAUAGAGGUUUAUAUAGUAGAAGUGAUGAUCAAAAUACUUCGUUAUUUGAUUAUACAAAAACGAGUACAAAUCUUUAA